AAUACUUAUAAAGGUUUAUUAAUAAGUGCCAGUGUACGUGAAAUAUUGCAGAAAGUAAAAGUAAUUUCGUUUUGUGUGCAACAGGUUUAACAUAACCUUACAUAACAAGUUAUGCCAAGGAACCUGUUACACCAGGUCACACAUUGUAGGAACUUGAAAUGUGCACUCAGGUACUUUAAGUGCAUCCGUCCUCGUAACUCAUCUAUCGGUCUAUCUAUCAGUCUAUUAAACUUACUGCCACACUCAGAGUCAGAAUGGUUACUUAACCCAGUCCUUAAUAAUUGUUUACAAUACAAAAUCGUUACUAAGGAAUAGUUUAAGUCACAAUGUCAGGAUAACCGCUAUGUAUUCAGAUAAAUUUGAAUUAAGAUUGUAAUUUGUAUGAUUUAUCUAACACAUAAGUUUAUCGGGCACUUAUAUAAAGGUUGUGAAACAGGUGCUUUAUUUUUCGGAUUUUUUAUCACUCUGAAUAGUGGCAUAGUUUAGAAUUAGACCUGGAGUAUGGUAAUAGGCUCACCCAUAUAAUAAUGUGAUGAGUCUCAUAUAGAGACUUAUUACAUUAUUGGAAGAGAGUGUGCUUACCUCAUCUAGUACGUUUUCUGUGACCGUUCUCUUUCUAUCUGAAUAUAUAAAAAAAAAUGUCUUUUUCGUCCUAAUUUUGGAAAAUAUAAAGUGCAAAAUGCAAUGAAGAUCAAAUAAUUAAUCUCAUAUAUAAAUAAUCACGUUUCUUUCACGUGAUCGGUAACCACUGGUCCCCUAUGUUUACGAAGCACAAGUACUAGGCUAACAUAAAUUGCAAGGACCGUGACCCCUUCGCUAAAUUGACAUAUGAUUCAAUGUCUAUCAAAGAAUUUAAUACAUGUGUCAUCAGUAGUUCAAAAAUGGAACCAAUUAGGUCCUUUAUUAAUAUCAUUUUGUCUUGUUUGUAACAUUUAUUUUAAUGAUUUUGAUUUGUAUGUAUUUUAUAUCCCAGCUAAUGUUAUAAAUGUCAAUGACCUCACCUAUAAUGAGUCAUUUUGUGGUUGGUAUAUGACUAGCAAUUAAUAAGCACACGAUAUAUAUGUUUGUCUGAACGAGGUAAACUUUAGAAUAACAAAUACGGGUUAAAAUAUUUCUAUAAUACCUAUUGUACAUUAGUGUAUGUGUUGAGCAGCAUUGACUUAGGGAAAAAACUUUAGCAGAUCUUAGAUUUUAUUUACAUAAAAGCAAAAGUGGGUGGGAAACGUAGUUAAUCCUGCUUAACUAGUUUUAAUAUUUACAUAUAUACGUAAUUUUUAUUUGAGAACUUGUUGACACAACAAGCAGUGUCUGAUACGCUGCGAUUGUACGAUUAAACAUUGAUACAAUUCUUCACUUUUCUGUGGAUACAAUUAUGUUAUUUGUUUUAAUUAUUAUGUUCUUGGCAAAUAUUUGUUUGUUUACGUUCAGAGAAAAAGUUUGAUAGGGAUAGCAUGUAGGUGACAAGUGCAUGCGAUGUACUUUUUUUUAAGAGUGUAAAUAACAACUUGGUAGUCAGAAAACAAUAUAAGGUGCCAUUUUCUUCUUUCUCAGUUCAGUGACAAAGUUGGAAAAAGUUAUAACCUAAAAAAAAAACAGUUCCUUAUAAAUGACUUUUCAAAAGUAGCGUCUGCUCCCAUAGUAUAAUCUUCAACAAAAAGUGGUUCACGGUCAACCAAUAAAUACUCACAGACAUAGCGCCGUGCAAUCAGUAUAAUGUCAACUAUACUUCCAGUUACAUGUUUACGAAUAUAAACAGAUCGUGUUCAAGAAAUAGAGUUUCUUGCUUCUAAUUAGGACAAAGAACGAGGAAGAAGAAUCUACAGAUCACGAUGCUCGUCUUGGUCUGGUUGGCGAUCCUGGUCGCAGUGACCACAUUAUACUUCCGCAAGCUGUACUCCUCCUUCAGUCGCCAUGGCAUCAAGUACAUAAAGCCAGUCCCUAUCUUCGGUAACAUGGGCAGUGCCAUUUUACGCAGAGAACAUGUAAAUGAUCAGAUUAUAAAACUCUACAACAAAUACCCCGAGGAAAGGUUCGUUGGAAGAUACGAUUUUAUGCAGGAAACAAUUGUAAUACGCGAUAUUGAGCUGAUCAAGAAGAUAACUGUGAAGGAUUUCGAACAUUUCAUCGACCACCGCUUGGAGUUUGGCAACCCCGACUCCUAUAUUUCCAGGAACAUUGUUUCUUUAAAAGGUCAGGAAUGGAAGGACAUGCGCUCCUCGUUGAGUCCAGCGUUCACAAGCUCCAAGAUGCGGCUGAUGGUGCCUUUCAUGGUGGAAGUCGGAGAACAGAUGAUGCAGUCUCUUCAUAGAUAUAUAAAAGAAUCUAAGAAUGGAUCCGUAGAAUUGGAUUGCAAAGACCUGACUUCACGCUACACUAACGAUGUGAUUGCCUCCUGUGCCUUUGGUCUGAAGGUGGACUCCCACAAUGACAAAAACAACAGCUUCUACAAACUGGGAAAGGAGACCUCCACAUUCAAUUUCCGCCAAACAAUCUCCAUUUUCUUGCUUAGUAGCGCACCAAUCUUGGGAAAGAUCUUCAAGUUGGAUGUCAUUUCGGACUCGUCAAAGAACGCAUUCAGAUCUUUGGUCUUAGAUACAAUGCGAAACCGAGAGUUGAAAAACAUUAUCAGACCCGACAUGAUACACUUGUUGAUGGAAGCCAAGAAAGGCAAACUAACGCAUGACGAUAUUAAAUCCAAUGACGUAGCUACUGGGUUUGCUACUGUAACCGAAUCGGCUGUGGGGAAGAAAUCGGUCAAAAGAGACUGGAGUGACAACGAUCUCAUUGCUCAAGCAGUGGUAUUCUUCGUUGCUGGAUUUGAGACUGUCUCAACAGCAAUGUCGUUCCUACUCUACGAGCUUGCUUUGAACCCUGAUGUUCAGGAGCGGCUGGCGCAGGAGAUCAAGGAAAAUGACGCCAAGAACGGCGGCAAGUUCGACUUCAACUCCAUACAGAACAUGGUCUACAUGGAUAUGGUGGUGUCAGAAAUCCUUCGCCUUUGGCCACCUGGAUUUGUUCUUGAUAGAAUUUGCCACAAAGAUUACAACUUGGGUAAACCGAACCCAAAAGCGGACAAAGAUUAUAUCGUCCGCAAAGGUACUGGGGUCUGGAUACCAGUCUAUUGCAUCCACCGUGAUCCAAAGUACUUCCCCAAUCCAGAGAAGUUCGACCCUGAGCGCUUCUCGGAAGCAAACAGACACACCAUCGAUCCAAUGACGUAUAUGCCCUUCGGUAUCGGUCCAAGGAAUUGCAUUGGAUCAAGAUUUGCGCUCUGUGAAAUUAAGGUUAUAGCAUACCAGAUCCUGCGAGAAAUGGAAGUGUCCCCUUGUGAGAAGACCUGCAUACCAGCGAAGUUGUCCAAUGAAACUUUCUCCUUGACUAUGCGAGGAGAACAGUGGCUCACGUUCACGCCGAGGAAAUAGACGUGCAAAAUAUUAAAUGACGAAUUAAAUGGCAAAAUAUA